CACAAAAUGUCGGACAAUGAUAGGUCCGAACUUGCGAACCAAAAAUCUCCUGUAUCAGCUCGAAAAGCGAAGAAAUUAUUAUAUCUGUCAGAGUAUUUAUUGAAACAAGAAUCAAAGAACAACUCCAGAAAGGUUUCAAGAAUAUUGAAGAAGCAUGAACAUGAAAGGACUGUAUCAGAGCUGGAACAUCUAGAAAAACACCAGGACAUCGUAAAGAGGAUUCGCAAGAACAGGGAGCGUAGACAGAUCAGUGAACAGAGGAGUCAAGAGACUGAGGACAGUGAUGAUGCACUCCAGCAGAAGUGUGAACAGCUGGCAGACAUUCUCCGCAAGUCCAAGAAGACCGUCAUCUACACAGGAGCUGGCAUCAGCACGGCUGCUUCAAUACCUGACUACCGUGGACCACAAGGUGUAUGGACCCUGUUGAAACGAGGGGAGUCGAUAGACCCACAGGACCUAAGCGAUGCUGAGCCAACACUAACCCACAUGUGUAUUACCCAGCUGCACAAACAGGGACAUGUGAAGCAUGUGGUGUCUCAGAACUGUGACGGUCUUCAUGUGCGAAGUGGGUUGCCCAGACAGGUGCUCUCCGAGGUCCAUGGAAACAUGUUCAUCGAGAUUUGCCAUAGCUGUAAGCCUCAUCGGGAGUACUUUCGGCUGUUUGAUACCACUGAGAGUACGGGUGUGCGACGUCACAGAACGGGUCGUAAAUGCCACAAAUGUGGAGGAGAACUUCGGGACACGAUCGUACAUUUUGGGGAGAAAGGUGGGAUUAAGUCUCCUUACCGAUGGAAGGAGGCAGUGAAAGCAGCCAACAGGAGUGAUGUCAUCCUGUGUCUGGGGACAAGUCUCAAGAUUCUUAAGAAGUAUGCUUGCCUGUGGUGUCCAGAGAAGACCAGACACCAGCGGCCCAAGCUGGUCAUCGUAAACCUUCAAUGGACACCCAAGGAUGACCAGGCCACCAUCAAAAUCAACGGGAGAUGUGAUGUUGUGAUGCAUCAAGUUAUGCAAGCACUGGAAUAUGAGGUGCCCAAGUAUGACAGGUUGUCAGAUCCACUCUUCCAAAUUGCCACUAAACUCUCCAAAGAUGAGAUUGAUUCAACCUCCAAAAAGAUUCUAGAACAUCCAUCCACCAGUCCAACCCCAGGGCCCCUUGAUGGAAUUUCCCGGACUCCCACUCCCUCCGACUCUUCCAGAAGCUCGGCAAGCUCUUCGGGGACGGAGAGUGGCAAUGAGGAGCUUGAUAUGGAGGAGAUGGGUGAUAGUGACUGGCAGGGGAAGGAUGACGCAGAUGUGAAGUGGCACAGGAGGAGUAGGAGAAGAGUAAACACUGAAGAUGAUUUUAAGAAAAGUGACAAAAUCAAUGGUGAAGAUGAUGAUGAUGAUGAUGAUGAGAUGCUGAGUGUUGGUCUUGUGAAGACUAGCGCUGAAAUGAAUUUAUCAAAGUCUGAGAGGAUAUGCAAUGCCGCAAAGAUUGCUAUGCAAACAAAGCUUGUAAAUGCAAAAAUAAAUGAAGUUUAUGCAAACUGUGCAGCAGGAAGCUCCACGUCUUCUGUUGAUGCAACAAUAACGAGAAUCCAUGAGGAUAUUGGGUCUGUUGACAGUGUAAGUAAGACUGUGAUCACAGGGCCCCAUCUCCCUGGGCCAUUUGAUCCAGGACCUGCCUCAUAUGAUGAUAAAGUGGCUUACCUGCACAGGUUGAAGGAACAGCUGAAUGUCUUGAAAGAGAAGCAAAAGGUACUGAAGCACCAAGAAGUAACUGAGCAAAAAACAAAAAGACAUAGAGAGGUUGAAUGCACUAUAAGUCCAAAGGGUAUCAACCACAUCGAAACUGAAUCUUCUAUUGGUUUUGUUUCUGUAAAUCAAGCUAUGGCAUAUCAAAAAGGUAUGGUGAGUAUACUUCCACCAAAACUUUUAUCACCUCUUUUAAGGAGCCCAGAAGGAACUGCUCAUGACUGGAGAUAUGAUGUAGAAAGAAUAAAGGGUAGCAUCAAACACAUUCAACAGGAACAAAGAGUCAUUCAAGAACAAAGGUGUCUGGUCCAGCAAGAAUUUGUUGAACUGGACAAUGCGAUCAAGAGAAAACACCAAGAUGAGCAGAUGCGACUUCACCAACAUUUCCUUCUCCAGGAACAACAUCUGUCUCGAGCCGUAGAUGGAGCUUCAAAGAAAGAAGGGUUGAUGAAACUGUUUGUGUAUCAGCAACAGAUUCUGCUAGCUCAGCAGAAUGCCCACCUCAUUGAGAUCACACAGAAGCAUGCCCAGCAGAUAAAGGACCUAGAUGUUGCUUUAGCAAGAAAGCAUGGUGAGCUCAUGUCAGAGACCAAACACCUGACAGAGUGCCAAAACAAACUUAACUUGAACUCUCUGCAAACACAUCCAUUAUCUCCUUCAGGUAGCGGACAGCAAAAAUCCCCAAACAAAACUGACUUCAGUAUUACCUCAAUUCUCCAACAAGAUACUCCAGUGUCUCCUACAAGCCUGCCCGGGGUUACAGAACUAAUCAACACAAUGUUAACAUGUGAGUCUUGUAGGUUCCUUAAGAACUACGGUGUUGUCAAGCGCAAAUGCCAAAAUUGUCAGCAGCUUAAGUCUAGGAAUGGCCCUAUUCUUGCCACAGUCCCAGGACAGGUACCUAACACUGCCUUCAGGGCGGAGAGUGAGACUGCCUCCAGAGUGGGGAGCAGGGAGAGACCCAAGAAGGUUGGGCGUGUCGCUAGUGCAACUGUUUCUAGUCCAGAUAACAUUGCAUACAAACAGGGUACAGACUUGUUCAAACAAAAGAAAGUUAAAUCCUUACAUUCUACCUCUAUUCAAAAUCCACUUUCUCAGGAUAAUCGCUUGCCAAUUUCGCUCCUUACAGCUGUGACAAAUGAGCCAUGUGAACGUACUGCAAGCGCUAGUUCUAAAACCACCGCAGUCUCAAAGCCAGUGAUAAAAAUACAAACUGCUUUUGCUGAACCAUUUCAGGCUGGUCCAAAGGCAAAGUUCUCACUAUGGGAAGAUGAGCCAAGUGAGAAAAUCAGAAAUAGACCUGUAACUUAUGUAGCUAAUAACAGAUUGAAUAUCCGCGGACCAAAGACUCGAAGCAAACAAGAAAAAGUGAAAACAAGAACAAGCAAAACAGCUGUAAAUGAAUCUCAUGAGUCAAGUGAACAAGCUGCAGCUCACAAACCAUUCAGAUCACAUUCUCAUUCAGACAUCUAUGAUGACAGACAAGAAGGAAGUAACAGUGUAAGCCCUGGUUCCCGACAGCUUCGAUCUCAUUCCCACACUGUGGGAACCAGCGCUAGUUGUAGUGAUCUGGAACUUACACCAUCUAAAUCUGAGGACAGUCUGGACUCCUCUCUUGAUGGUCAAAGUUCUGGGAAGAAAAGGAAACUGAUGAGGUGUCUCUCUGUCCCUGGAUGGUAUGGAAAAGGCUUGAAUAUAAAGAACAUCAAGAGAAAAAGAAAGUAUUGAAUGUUUGACAAUCUCCAGGUUUUUGUUGCAGACCAUGGGCUGUAUUGCACAAGCAUCAUAAGAUCAUUUUAAAGCUUUUGAAUAAUUAUAUUUCUUGAAGGGACUAGACACAAGAUGGUCCCAAAAACAGUAUGUCCUCAAAGAAACCUAGAAUUAUCAAUACAAGGUAGUGUAAAUGCCAUAAUAUAAUACACGAUAAAAAGAAUAUUUUGUUGCUGUCUCAGCUGAGACACAUUUAAAAAUAGCGCAUAAUGGUUUCCAAGUUUAUAGUGUGUAUAUUUAAAUUAGCUUGUUAAAGUCACAUGAUUAGUACAAAUACAUAUAACGACGCUUUUUUUUAAAUUUACUAUAAGGCAAACCCAGUUCAUUUCAAAUUGGAGAAAUACGCAAAAUCUGCAAAAGAUACAUUUUUCAUGAGGAAUGUUAUUAUCAGUGAAAUUCAAUGCCUUGUACUAAACAAUAUCAAUUUAAUGUAAGUUUUUUGACAUUUUUUUCUAGAAAUUAUAUCAUCUGGUAUCCAGUCCCUUUAAAUCCACUACUGCUUUAUUAAAAGGAUGUUUUCUUUUCUUCAAAACUAAAGUGCCCAUAUUUUAAAUCUUGAAUCAACAUUAAGCAUAACGCUUUCUUCUUUUGGAACUAAACAAGCAUAACGCUUUCUUCUUUUGGAACUAAACAAGCAUAACGCUUUCUUCUUUUGGAACUAAACAAGGAAAAGGUACAAAUUUCCUUUAAGAUGCAUCUGUAAUACAGCCCUAGGAAUCUCAUACAAUUUAUUAAACGGUGGUAGUGAAUUAGUUUUUACAUCCUUUACAUUUACCUCCAUGUUUUGAUUAUUUUUCUUUAUUUACUUUCAGUCUCUAAGACUGGCUUCAAAUGUACAUGUAUGUUCAGUGACUAUUGUUAGUUUACAUUGGUGACAAGUAGACCGUUUUACAAAGUUUAAGUAAAAGGAGGAGUCAGUUGUAUUUGUAUUUGUAUUGAAUGACUGUACCACACAUAUCACAAUCAUGCAAUAAAGGGUCUACCUUGAA